CGCAAUCCGAAAACCCGUCCAAGUUCAUUGCACGUCAAACUCAAAUCUCCCUCCAUAAAACCCACCAUUCCAGCAACAACACUAUAGGUACUGGAUACGAAAGAACAAAGAAAACCACGUCUUUGCACGAACAAAAACCACCAACUAUGGGAGAGGUUGAUCCAGCUUUCUUCCAAGACCCUGAACACAGACCCAGAAUCGUAUUCACCGAAGCCGAAGGCAUCCCGUUGAUCGAUCUUUCUCCUAUACUCGCCUUCGGCGAUGUUUCUGUUGUUGAAGGCCUUGUUAGCGAGAUACGCAAAGCAUGCAAGGAAUGGGGGUUCUUCCAGGUGAUCAACCACGGGGUGCCCUUGGAGAAGCGCCAGAGGAUUGAGGCUGCAGCGAGGAAGUUCUUUGCACAGAGUUUAGAGGACAAGACGAAGGUCAGAAGGAAUGAUAAGGAGGUGUUGGGUUACUACGAAACUGAGCACACCAAGAACGUAAGGGACUGGAAGGAGGUUUUUGAUUUUACUAUAGAGGAACCCACCUUCAUCCCGGCUUCCCAUGAGCCUGAUGACAAGGAGGUGACAGGGUGGAUUAAUCAGUGGCCUGAAUACCCGCCUGAGACGAGGGAGGCCUGCCAAGAAUAUGCUCAAGAGAUGGUAAAACUAGCUUGCAAGUUAAUGGAACUUGUGGCCCAGAGCCUAGGCCUGCCAGCAGAUAGCUUCCGUGAUUUCUUCAAAGACCAAACCAGCUUUAUCCGACUCAAUCACUAUCCCACCUGCCCUGCCCCUGAAUUAGCUCUUGGUGUUGGUCGACACAAGGAUGGGGGUGCCUUAACCAUCCUAGCUCAAGAUGAUGUUGGAGGAUUGGAAGUGAAGCGCAAAAUAGAUGGAGAGUGGGUUCGGGUCAAACCCACCCCCAAUGCUUAUAUCAUCAAUGUUGGGGACAUUGUCCAGGUUUGGAGCAAUGAUGAAUAUGAGAGUGUGGAGCACAGGGCGAUCGUGAACUCAGAGAGGGAAAGGUUCUCCAUUCCUUUUUUCUUCAACCCGGCACACUACACCAUGGUUAAGCCUUUGGAGGAGCUAACGAAUGAGCAAAACCCUGCCAAGUAUAGGGCAUACAGCUGGGGAAAGUUUAUAACAAACAGAAAGCGCAGUAACUUCCAGAAACUCAAUGUUGAAAACAUCCAAAUUUAUCAUUUCAGGAUAUAAAUGUAAACUGGUUGGAGGUAGUCAAAUCACUCCCUACCUGUAAUAUUCAGCUUCAUGUUGUAUGUAAUAUAUUAUGCAUUCAUAUGUGCGUAGAGACUUGGGAAACAUGAUCAUGCGGUUCAUCGAUCUCAGAGAUCGAUGACACUCAUGUAAUGCUGAAAAUAAAUAUGAUGGAAUAAGCUUGAAUGGGUAA